AUGGAGUGCAUGGAUGGAGGAGAACUGUUCCAGAGAAUCCAGGAUAACAGGGAAGGAGCAUUCACCGAAAGACAGGCGGCAGAGAUAAUGCACUCAAUCUGCGUAGCCGUCCGUCACCUCCACGACUCGAACAUAGCCCACCGGGACAUCAAACCCGAGAACUUGCUCUAUACGAGUGCAGAACCCAACGCGGUGUUGAAACUGACAGACUUUGGAUUCGCUAAAGAGACUCUAACGCCCGCUGAUACGCUACAAACGCCGUGUUAUACGCCUUACUAUGUCGCCCCUGAGAAAAGGACCCAAGAACUGGAGAAAACUACGUUUGGGAUCUCCGUAGGUCUGUACGUCGACCUUGUAGCGGUAUACAUCUUCACUUCGGUUCCAGAGGGCUUCAUGGGCGUGUGA